UCCACCUCCUGACGUGUUUACAUGGUGGGCGCCUCUGCUAAGCGGUGCGGUGACUUUGAGUAACAUUCAGGUGGCGUGUAUCUCUUAAACCUUUAAUAUUAAACAUAUUGAACUGCAAUACAGCCAGCAGUUAUUACUAAAGUGAAAAGGAGAGUUGAAAAUAUUUGAAACAGAAAUGACUUCCCAAAUCCGACAAAACUUCCACCAGGAUUGCGAGGCUGCAAUCAACAGACAGAUCAACUUGGAGCUGUAUGCUUCCUAUGUUUAUCUCUCAAUGGCAUACUAUUUUGACAGGGAUGAUAAAUCCCUAGAAAAUUUUGCAAAAUUCUUCAAUGCCCAGUCGAAAGAGGAGCGUGAGCAUGCAGAGAAGCUGAUGGGUCUGCAGAACAAGCGUGGAGGCAGAAUUUUCCUGCAGGACAUUAAGAAACCCGAUAGAGACGAGUGGGGGAGCGGCCUGGAGGCCUUGGAGUGUGCUUUGCAGCUAGAGAAAAGUGUAAACCAAUCCCUGCUGGACCUGCAGAAAAUGGCAGCCGAACACAAUGAUCCUCAUAUGUGUGACUUUGUAGAAACACAUUUUCUGGAUGAGCAGGUUAAAUCCAUCAAACAGCUGGCAGACUGGAUCUCAAACCUGCGUCGCAUGGGCGCUCCUCAGAAUGGGAUGGCCGAAUACCUCUUUGACAAGCACACCAUGGGAAUGGAAGCCAGUUAAACUGAGUAGCAAAUCAUCAUCCAUCUUCACCUCUGGGGAAGCAUUCUGUGUUAAAGGUCAUGCAAAAUUUCUCAAAAUAUCAUUUCAUGUGGCAUUAUAGUUAUUUAUGCAUCAAUCUUCUGUGGCAAUAUUUAGAUAAAUAUGUGUUUGGAGUUUAGACCAUGCCAAAGUAAUAUUUAUCAGUGGUUGUAUGAUGGGAAAAGUUCACCUUCACAGCUGGAUUAAGACCACCCUAUGUUCUCCAGAAUUUACAAAACCAUUUGAAUCAUCGAAAACCUCAUUGUAACGAGGAGGCAAGCAAUGCCAUACUGCCUUGUUAGUACUAGGCACAUAUACUACUCCAGAAAAAAAUAAGAAACCACUUAAAAU